CCGGCCGGCCACCAAUCACCAGCGGACAGAGGCUCUCUGCUUAUAUCUUCGUCCACAGUGGGAUAGAGAGACGCUCACGCGCGGGAGUACACCCGCUUUCCAGCCUCCAGAUCAAGCAGGUUGUCGUCGGCGUCGUCAUGUGCAACACCGGGAGCGAUCUUUCCUCCUCCUCCCCCUCGUCCUUGCCGCCGCUCACCUCCUUCAAGAGCUCUGCUCACCAGCUCCUGCACCCCGUGGACGGAGACGACGACGGCGGCCAUGCACCGCAGCUCUCCAAGGUGGUCGGCGAGGCCCGGGCGAUCGGCCGGGUGUCGGUGCCGAUGGCGGUGACCGGGCUGGUGAUGUACUCGCGGGCGCUCAUCUCCAUGCUGUUCCUGGGCCGGCUGGGCGAGCUGGCGCUCGCCGGCGGGUCGCUGGCUCUGGGCUUCGCCAACAUCACUGGCUACUCCGUGCUGUCGGGGCUCGCGCUCGGCAUGGAACCGAUCUGCGGCCAGGCCUUCGGCGCGCGCCGCGGCAAGCUGCUCGCGCUCGCGCUCCACCGCACCGUGCUGCUGCUCCUCGCCGUGGCGCUGCCCAUCUCCCUCCUGUGGAUCACCUCCACGGGAUACAUACUCAAGCUGCUGGGCCAGGACGAGGGCGUGGCGGACGCGGCGCAGAUGUUCGCGGCGUACGCGUCGGCCGACCUGGCGGUGCUGGCCGUGCUGCACCCGCUGCGCGUGUACCUCCGGUCGCAGAACCUGACGCUUCCCAUCACUGCGUGCUCCCUCUUCUCCGUUCUGUUGCACGGGCCCAUCAACUACCUCCUCGUGGUGCGCCUCCGCAUGGGCGUCGCCGGGGUCGCGCUCGCCGUCGCGCUCACCGACCUAAACCUGCUCCUCGCGCUCCUCUGCUUCCUCUCCAUCUCGGGCGCGCACAGGGACUCCUGGGUGGGCCCUACCUCCGACUGCCUCCGCGGCUGGCCGGCGCUGCUCCGCCUCGCCGUCCCCACCGCCACCGCUGUCUGCCUCGAGUGGUGGUGGUACGAGCUCAUGAUCGUGCUGUCGGGCCUCCUCGCCAACCCGCGCGCCACCGUGGCGUCCAUGGGCAUCCUCAUCCAGGCCACGUCCCUCGUCUACGUGUUCCCCUCCUCGCUCGGCCAGGGCGCGUCCACGCGCGUCAGCCACCAGCUCGGCGCGGGCCGCCCCGCGGGCGCGCGGCGCACCGCCGGCGCCGCACUUUCCAUCGGCCUCGUCGUCGGCCUGGCUGCCGCCACCUUCAUGGUGUCCGUCCGCAAUCACUGGGGCCGCAUGUUCACGUCGGACGCGGACAUCCUCCGCCUCACGGCCGUGGCUCUCCCCAUCGCGGGCCUCUGCGAGCUCGGCAACUGCCCGCAGACGGCCGGCUGCGGCGUCCUCCGCGGCAGCGCCCGCCCUGCCAGCGGCGCACGCAUCAACCUGGCCUCCUUCUACCUGGUAGGCAUGCCGGUGGGCGUGGCGCUGGCGUUCGGUGCCCGGCUGGGCUUCGCCGGCUUGUGGCUCGGCCUCCUCGCGGCGCAGGCCGCCUGCGCCGUCUGGAUGGCGCGCGCCGUAGCCGCCACCGACUGGGACGUCGAAGUCGCACGCGCCAAGGAGCUGACCAAGGCCACGACCAACAGCAACCACAAAGAAUGCAUCACCACCACCUCAGCUAGUGAUAUAACAACUGUGAUUGCCACUAUCACCACUGCUAGUAACAGCAAUGCCGGCUGCAAGAACAACGGUUACGUGCCAAUCAGCGAGAGCUGCGACAACGACAACGAGCUGGAGAAACUGGAGGAAGGGCUCAUGACAAGCACCACCUCAGACGCCAGCGUCAGUGGCAACAACGGUGUCAACGGCGACGCGUCAGGCGACAUCGAUGUCGUGGUUAGGGACAAUUACGGCAGCAGCAACAGUAACAGCUGCAACAACAGUGGCGCUGCUGGUACGACGGCAACGGAGGGAAAGGAGCAGAGGAGGGGCGACUUGGAGAGGGCCCCGCUCAUCAGUGUGGAGGACGGGGAGAACGAUGGCGAUGGCCGUGGGGGUGGCCAGGUCUAGUGUGAUUGGUCUCUAUUAAUCCAUUAAUCUUGCUAUUGACUUUGAUCCAUCUCCAUUUCAUCUUUCUCUUUUUUUAAUCGGGGGCGAGGUUUUGUGACAGAGUACUAUUAGAGAAAAGGAUUAUAUAUUGGCCAUCUCCAUAUAUAAUUUAUUUUCUAUCCUUACCCCAGUAUAAUUUAUGAUCAUGCAUGUAACUCUGGAAGGGCCUUGUGCAUGUAAGAGAGGUCUAUUAUCAAUCAAUGGUGAUAAUUUGACAAGUGCCCACGUGCACAUGUAC